CCACGUUUGCUGUUGUACUCAUGGAGAACCAGCAGAGCUGGCCAAGCAGUGUGGCGGUGACCAACGUGAUACCCAAGUCAGUGUUUCCAUCCCAUCGGACCAUGUCAGUCUAUGAAAAGUUGGUGGGCUCCUCCCACGUCUGCACAAUUUUGCAAAAGACUUGGGACGACAUUCCCCACUCUGCCCCAAGCCAGGGCUAGCUCCAGGACUGGAGAUGUUUCCCUCACUUCAGAUGUGUUGCUCUCAGUGCUGCGCUCUCAUCCGGCGGCAUCUGGCCAUCCUGCUGUGGGGUGCACUGACAGCAGUGCCCCACUCAGUCUUCCUCGUAACAUCUGUAGCAAUGACUCACUGGACACGCUUAUUCCCGAAAAGACAGAAAACUCGGACGUCGGGGACCCGCCGCCUUCCAGGACCCAACCCCUUCCAGGACCCAACUCCCUCAGGCGCCGUCCCUCCCAGCUGCCACCACCGGCCCGCAGCCCGCCCAGGCACGCACCACUCCGCGGGGGGGGGUCACGGGGCGAGCACCGCCGGACGCCUCCAGCGGCUGCAGGGGGGGCUCUAAGGGGGCGCCCCCGCGACGCGCCCCCGCUGUGGUUUGCUCCGUUGCCGGGGCAACGCAUCCAACGGGCGCGGGGAGGGGCGGCUGUGAGGGGAGGCUUUGAGGGGACGCGGCGGGGGCUGUGA